AUGAAAACACCAUCAAAAACACCAAAGAAAUUGAUAACAUUCGAUAAUAAUUUCAUGAAAAUUAUUAAUUAUUAUUUCGAUGAUAAGGAGCUUAAUAAUUAUAGUGAUAAUGAUAAUGUGCAUAAAAGCAUACAGAAAUUGAUAAAUUUGAUAAAGGAUGACCAAGCAAAUUGGGAGAAACAAUGUCAAUAUUUGAGAGAAAUUGAAGAAAAUUUAGAUGAUAAAUUUAUCAACCAGAUUGAAAAUAUUCUUGAGCCAAUUAUCUCCAAAAUUUAUUUUAGUUCAAUUGAACCUUUAACAAAACGUUAUUGUAUACCGAUAUUAGAUUCUUGUCAUAUGAUUUCAUCAUUGUCAUCAUCGUCAAUAAGUAAUAAUAGAAUGUUUAAUGAAAUUCUGAUUGAAUAUUCUAAAUUUAUUACACAAGAAAAUUACUCUAACCAAACAUUUUCUCAAAAGAGUAAUUCAAUAUAUAUUACAUUGGAUUUUUCGUUAGGCUAUCAAAUAAUAGAAGAAAAAUUAUUUGACACGAUAUAUUUUCUAAUUGAAUCAUUGAAUAUUGUUAUAAUUCAAAGAAUCAACAACAACAAUAAUCAUCACUCGAUCCAAAACUUUGAAGCAUCAUCAUCAUCAUUAAUAUUGUCACAGAAUAUGAAUGAUUUACAGCAUUUAACAAAAACUAUUUUGGCUUUAUUAUCAAAAUUUGAUAAAAAAUUUAGACCAAAAUUUAAUAAAAUCAAUUUAGAAGAAAAUUUAGUGGUCAACAACACUACUAAUACUGAUGAUGGUAAUGAUGAAGCAACAUUCUUAAAGAUGAUUAAAGAUUUAAUCAAUGGGUGUUUAAUAAUGUGCUCAAAUCAUAUUUAUAUCAAAGAUGUUAGACAAUUAUCAGGAAUGACACUUUCAGCAAUAUUUAAUUUAUUUGGCUCGUCAUCACCAAAUUUUAAAAGUAAUCAAAUAAUUUAUACAUUUUUUUCACAAAAACUGAAAUUGAUUGGUAAAAGUGAAGAUGAUGAAUUUUUAUUAAUUAAAAAAAAAUUAAAUUUAAAAAUUCCUGAUUGUUUAAUAAGUGAUGAUAAAGGAUGGACAGACGAUGAUCCUUUAAUGUUGACUAUUUGUAGAGGAUUUUUAUCAAAUCUUUCAAGAGAUGUAUUAAUUUGUCCCAUUAAAGAAAUAGAAGAAUUUGGGAAAAAUAAUACAAAUGAUCACAAAGUGACAUCCUUACAUCAAAUUUUAUUUUUGUUUAUAUUAGAAUUUUGUGAUUUGUCUACAAAUUCACAAACCAAGGUUUUAUCUUUUGAAACAUUGGGAUUAUGGUUGCAAGAAACUGAAAAUAUUCUUAAAAAUGAUGAUGGUGGAAUAGAAGAUCUGAUGAUCUAUGAAAAGAAUAGAGUUGUAACGCCAAUAAUAAAAAAAGAGAUCUUAAAUAUUUUCAAUAAAAACAUUUUAGAAAAGUUGAUUUCUUAUGUAAUAAAUAAUUGUGAUGAUCCUAUUGAUGCUAUUCAACAUAAGAUUAAAACAAUUUUUGAAGCUUUAUUAAGUAUUAUCAAUCUAGGAAUUCAAUCGGAGGAAUUAUCCAAAGAUCCUUCGUCAUUAUCAUUGUCUUUUUCUUCUACGCUAGAAUUACAGUACAAUCAAUAUUUAAAUAAUUUGAUUUCUCAAUUAUUGUUGAUGGAUAAGUAUCGUAAGGUUAAAUACUCAUUAUUGAAUCUGAUAUUGCCAAGAAUUAGAACUAAUUUGAUACUUGAGAUGCAAAAUGAUUUUAUCGAUAAAACUUUACAAGUUUUAAAUAACCUUGUUAUUGCACCUAAAGCUGCAAAUUUAUUAAUUGGUUUUUUAAAACAAAGGCUAGAAGAAGAUUAUUACAAUGAGGAAAAUAAUUUGAGGAGUAAUAGUAAUGAUAUUGUAGUAAUAGAUGCAGUGGCAGCAAGUGAAGAAAAAGAGAAAAUAAUUGUAAAUUGGAUGAACUUAUGGAUGAAGCCUUUAUGUUUAAAUCUUACAACAAAAAAUAAUGAAAUAUUAAGGAAAAUCAUUGGAGAGAUUUUAUUGAAGCCAUUAUUUAAGAUUGAUUCUCUGAUAUUCUGGAAGAUUCUUGAGAGAUUUCAAGAUGAAAAAUCAGUCAAUAAUAUGGAGCUUAUUAGAGAUGAAGAGUAUAAAUUGAACUCUUUAAUUUUAAUUAUAAAAAUCGGCAAAUCUUUGGAUUUUAUUGAUGGAAAUAAAUUAUUUCUUGAAGAACAAAGGAAAAAAUUGCUUUAUGAUUCAAUUUGCCAUGAAGAUUUAAACAUUAGAAGUGAUUUACUUGGAUUAAUAUGUGAAUCAAAAAAGGCAAUAAUAGAAAUUACUGCACAAGAAUUGGAAUUAUUGAAAUCAUUUUUAAAAAUAAAUAUUAAUUCCACUUCACCAGAGUUUAGACAAAAAUUAUAUGGAAAUUUAAAUAAAUUAUUUAACAGAUUGGAGAUCAAUACAAACGGAUUAUUAAGAGAUUAUUUAUCCAGGAAGAAAUUUAUUGAAAAAAAUCGUCAUCUAAAUCAAAAAAAGGAGUUAGAGAAUGUUGUGAUGAUUGAAUUGGAUGAAAUUAAAAAGAAAUUCGAUAAAUAUGAGAGAUUUUUGAAUUGGUUGGUUGAAUUGUUGAUGGCUUCGUUGUAUCCUGGAGCAUCAUUUCAAAGAGUUUCUACCAGUUUAAAUAUUUUUAAAUUAUUAUUAAAUAAAAAUUUUUUUUGUGAAAAAUCAAACUUGGCUUAUGAGAUAUUGAGAGAAUUUGUUUCACCGUUGCCCGGAAUUGUCAAUAAUCAAGAAGAAGCAUUAACAAUAAAAUAUAUAUUGAAAUGGGCUUUUGAUCGUAUGAUAAGUGCAAGGGCUGUGGAAAGUGAUAGUGGUGCAAUGAUUUUUCGACUGGUAUUUAGGAAAUAUGUUAUAGAACUAGGUCAUAUUAUUGAUUUUGAAAAGGAAGAUAUUUUAAUUGAAGAAAGCAUUGUUUUUGAAAAAGAAGUUUGCGAAUAUUCUUUGGUUUCAUCUAUCAAUUUUAUUCAAAAAAUUUUAAGAAUAUUAAAGACACAAAUUAACAUCGCAUCAAAUAAUCUUUUAUUAGCAUCAAAAAAAUAUCCAAUGUAUGGAACAUUAAUUGGACUUCAAUAUCUAUUUUUAGAAAUUAAUUAUAAUUCAGAUUUUGUAAAAAAAAAUAUUUUAGAAUGGAGAGCUUUACAUAAAGAUGUUUUACAAUUGAUUGAUCAUGUGUGUCAAAUAGUUUUAGAAAUUUUAUCUAGCCCAUCACCUGAAGGUAAUUUGCCUGAAGGCGUUGAUGAUGGAGGAACAUUGGAUAUGAAUGAUGAUGAUAUAACGGUUGAUUAUGAUGAAUUCUAUGAAAAUGGAGGAGGAAGAGGAGAAGAAAUGAGUGAUGUUGAUUAUGAACAAGUUCGUAAAGGUGGAGAAUUAUUUAAGAAUUUAUUAAUUUCUAUAAGACAUCGUGGUGCAUUUUCAGCAAUAUAUCCCGAAUUUUUAAAAGUUUGCACCAGAUUAUUAUCAUCAAACCAAUCAGAUUUUUUUGGUUUACCAAAAAUUUGGUUGGAGGAAAAUAUAAAUGCCAUAAAGACAAAUUCGAUUUCAAUAACAAGAAGAAGUGCAGGAUUACCUUAUUAUAUAUUGGCAAUAGUUUACAGUGAGUCGUCAUCAUCGAAUCGUAGAAUGUUAUUACCUUGGGUGAUGAAAACUUUAUUUGAAAUUGGAUUUAAAGAAAUUCUUUUUAUGGAUUCAAAAUUGGGAACGGAAGUUUUAUCAUAUGUUUCAAAUGGUUUUGAACUUAGCAUUGAAGGAUUUUCUUCAAAAAGUUGGGCAAUAAGAAAUUGUAGUGUAAUGUUAUUUUCUACAUUGUUACAAAGAACUUUUGGUAAUAAGAAAGUCAAAGAUGAAAAUCAUUCAGUAAAUAAUUUAACUAGCAAAGAAUUUUUCACCAGAUUUCCAAAGUUGCAUUCAUUUUUAUUAAAUCAAUUGGAAACUUUUGUUAAUCAAUUAUUGGUUAAAAAAGACAAAGAAAAUGUUGAUAAGGAUUUAAAGCAUCAAUCAAAAGUUCACACCGGAUUAUAUCCUAUACUUACAUUGUUAUCUAGAUUGCAUCCUUCGUUGAUGGAAAGUACAAAUUCAGUUAGAGAAAUAGCAGCAAAAGCACUUGUACCAUUAAUCACAACAAAUGAUUUAAUUUCAAAAUGUAUUGAAUUGCUGAAUGGAUGUGAAUUAUUUAAUCAAAAUGAAUUACAUGGAAGAUUAAUUCAAAUAAAAUAUUUGUUAAAAGGGCAUUUAGAAAAUAAUUUUUGUGGAUUUAAUAUUAUGAAAGAAUUUAUAGAAAAAUUUUCCAAAGUUUUCAAAUCUGAAUUUUAUCUUUUAACUAAAGAAAAUCCAUGUCAAAUCACUAGAAACUUAUUACUAGAAAUAAUUUAUGUUUUUAUUAUUAAUGAUGAUUGGAUAUAUAAUGAAAAAGAUUUAAUUAAACAAAAUGAGCUUUUUGAAUUGAUCAAAGAAAAGUUUUCAGAAUUGAGAAAAUCAAUUUUUUAUUUAUCAUAUUCAGAAUUAUUAUCAUUACCAACUAACGAUCAUAUUAUGUUUGAUGAAGAUUAUUAUAAGAAUAAUAUUGGAUAUUAUCUUGUUAAAAAACAAAUGAUAAAGAUAAUAGUUAAAUCAUUGAUUAAUAAUAGUCAAGAAAAAAAUAUUUAUUAUGAUGAGAAAGAAAUUGAUCAACAAAAAAUUAUUAUUGAUAUUAUAAAAAAUAAAGAUUAUGAAGUUAGAGUUUUUGGAUUGGGAAUAUUAAUAAAGCAAUUUGAAGAAAAUAUGGAUAAUUUCAAUAUUAUUAAACAAAGAGUUCAAAUACACGCUAUUCAACAAGAAUUAAUUAAUAUAAUAUAUGAAGAAGAAAAUGAUGAUGGAUUGAAAUUGGAAUAUUAUAAAAAAGCCAUUAGGUUAUUGGGAUUAAUUGAUCCAAAAAAUCCAUUUCCUUCUACAUCUGCUGUUCCUUUGACUUCUUCUCAAUUGAAUUUUGGAAUCAGAGAAUUUUGGAAAAAAUUAUUUAAUUAUUAUUUGAAUGGAAAAAAAAGUACAAAAAUAGAUUCAGUAAUCGAAUUCAUUUUACCUAUUUUAAGUAGAUUAUUAUCACAAAUUUGGCAGGAUAAUUCAAUGCCAUCAGAUUUUAAAUCUUUAUGUUUAAAACAAUGGACUGAAAAUGAUACUGCCUCUAUUAUUUCUAAAGCUAAAAAAUUAAAGAUACCAAUAAAUUCAGAUAAAGCAACAGAAUUAUGUUAUGAACAUAUUUCAACUCAUUACCAUAAAUCAUUACAUUUAUACAUUGCUCUAUUACAAAAUUUAACAGGCGAUGAUAAACCUGUUUUAUUUGCAAUUGAAGAUCCAAAUACUUAUAAAGAACAGCUUCUAGAUAUUCAACUAUCGUUUAAACAUUUGAAAUCAUUAUUAAAUUUUAAUAAUUCCUUAAAUUUUCCAGACUUAUUUAGAGUGACUAUACCAAAGUUUAUUUUGGAUCAAUUUAAUAAUGUUUUGGAAAUAUUAUGUUUUAAAGAAAUCCAGGAAGGGAACUUCGGUCCUUUAGGUUUCACAUCAAAACCAAAGGUUUUUUUUGUAAUUUAUAAAAUCAUUUUGGCAUUAAUUAUUAUGAUUGAAUUUCUGCCAAAUAUUGAAGAAAAAUUAAAAUAUAUCAAAGAGAUUGAAAUGAUUUUGAAGAAAUCUUUGAUAAAUUCAACCAAGAUUAAAUUACAUCCAUUAUUAAAUAAUUUAAUAUAUAAAGAACUUAUAACCGAAUUCUUUAACAAUAGUAGCGAUAAAUAUUUUAUUGAUGAUGAAAAAUUUAGCAAUGAUUUUAAUAAUUGGUUUCUUUUGGGCAAUUAA